UUUACCCUUUUGUUAGAAAUAACUGCAGUCGUUGAUUACAAUCUUUUGAAUCCCUUAAACGAAAUAGUUUGAAAUGGAUUUCAACGCUCUACCAAGAGAACUGCUGGAGCACAUUCUGUCCAACUUGAAGUUUUCUGAUCUGCUAAGCAAAAGUCUUGUUUGCAAGCUGUGGAAGCAAGCUACCGCGUUUUUUAUCGGCCAGCGAGGACGACUUAACCUCAACCGAGAGAUGUUGGAUUAUCUUCAUGUGCUGGAGAACAGCAAUCGUCAAUAUCAGGCCAUAUCUUUCAAGGGAAAGUACAAAAAGAAAGCUAUGCGGAAACUGUUGCUUAUCUGUGCCGACAAGUUUACUCCCAGAAAGAUUGAACUGCCCGAAAUUUUGCAUGACAAUCUGAACCGGUUUUACGUGUACGUUCAGGAACGGAGGUGGUUCGACUUCGUGGAGGAUCUGUCGGUUACGAUGGACGAUAAUAAAUCGAGUUACCUGCAUUUAAAAAAUUCUCACCACCGGUUAAUAAUGCCAAAUUUAAAGCAUCUGAGGUGGACCGAAUUUUUGCAUGAUGCUGUCCGAUGCAAAAAAGCAGUAACUAUUGUAGCGCCUGAAUUAGAAACUGUUACUCUAUUCGAUUCCUUUAUCGGUGCAUCAGAGCUAACAAUUAUGGCUUGUGAUAACAUUAAACGGAUCGUAUAUAGUCUUCACUCGCAGCGCUUUCACGAUGUUUUCUGCGGACGUUUGUCCCAGUUGGAAAUACUAUGCCUAUAUGGCGACAAUGGAAGCUUCGAAUUUUCUUUUAUUGAACGAAUGCCAAAAUUGCGCUGGUUUGAAGUGUGCAUGAGAUCGAAACCGGAAUAUCUGUUGCCAAAUUUGUCAGUUUUGUAUAAAUGCAAAACUUUAGAAAGUCUAAUGAUCUCGUUCAGUAAUAUUUAUGAUCUCCCCCACGGUACAUUAGACUUGACUGUUUUAUGCCAUAAUCUCGUUAAUCUGAAACAGAUCGAGCUCAACAAAGUAAUAAUACGAAACUCUGGCCCAGUUCGAGCAGAGCGAUUAGUAUUUCUCAGAAUAUCAGAUGCAAAAUUCGCAGAUGAAAACGAUUCUCUGAUGCUGAUCGCACCAAAGUUGGAAACACUAUCUUUGCCAAUGAAUGUUUUGGCAAAAACACGCAUUGAUAAUAAAAGCAGUGUGACAAAACUGUACAUUGAUAUGCAGAAAACACGCUGCUUGAAGGACGCGUUCGACUUACAUUUGCAGCCAUUUAUUCGGUCGAAUGAAACUGUUAGAGAGCUGAUGCUGUGGGAUGGAGGCUACAAAGAUAAAAUAUAUGACGAACAGGAGCCAGAAACGACUCUGAUACAUGUCGAACGAAUGGAAAUCCGCCGAUUGCAUAUCGGUCUUAACUUCUUCCGUAGCAUAGCCAGAUGCCAAUCCUUGAAGCAUCUUUCGUUGGUACUAUGCACUAUCUAUUGCAAAGAUGACGAUCCAAAUAUUCAGCUGGCUGCUUUAGACUCGAUGAACGUACAGCUGGUUAGAGUGCAAAGAUCAUUUCGGUACCGAUUUCCGCUUAUUGCGGGCAGCGAGGAACAAUUACGUGGACAAUCGGGUAUAUUUAGUACGCAUGAUUAUGAGUUCGGAAUUCCUCCCUCGUUAAGAAUACAGUGGGGCAAACAGUUCGUCUCAUUUAGAGCCUUUGAUCGUUAGCAUGAAACAAUUAGGAAACUAUUGAUGCUGAUUUGUUCAAAUCCUUGUGAUAGGUUUUUCCGUUAAGAAAUAAAAUGUUAACACUGAACGGUAAGCGGUACACAUCUUUAUAUGGGUCGCAUGGCCAAAGAAAA